CAGGCGGAGUGCUUCGUUAGCUUUUUUCCUUCUCUGUGAAGAGUUGUGGCUCUUCUGGUCCUCGGUGUUCUCCGAUUCCGGCUUCCUUCUUCGGUGGAGUGAGAGGUUGGAACCCUGGGAUCGUCAGAUCGGACGGUGGUUCGGCCCGGAAAACAGAGUUGAGAACCGUCUCUUGGAUAGGAUCAUAGGAGGUGGAAGCUCCUGGAAUUAGCUGGAUCUCUCUCACUACCGCUAAGCGUUUGCCGGAGAAGAUAAACAGCAGAAUCUGCAGUCUUUUCCUAAAACUUCUGUUGAGCGAAUCAGUCUUGCUGGUUGUUAAAGAUGAAGCGGAUGGCAUCUAAAAAAUCUCACUCAUGGUGGUGGAAUAGUCAUAUAAGUCCCAAAAACUCUAAAUGGCUCCUGGAAAAUCUUGAAGAGAUGGAUAAACGUGUCAAGGAAAUGCUGAAACUGAUUGAAGAGGAGGGGGAUUCUUUUGCAAAGAAAGCUGAGAUGUAUUAUGAAAGGCGCCCGAUGCUUAUCUCUCAUGUUGAGGACUUCUACCGCAUGUACCGUGCCCUAGCCGAGCGUUAUGAUAAUGUGACAGGUGAGCUGCGCAAGAAUGUUCCAUCAGAACUUCAAUCUCAAGGAUCUGGCAAUGGAUCUGAUUUUGGUUCUGAACCGCCUGUGUCUCCAACACUCUCUCCUGAGCUCACUCCUGAGCGCAAGCCACCACGACCUAAGCCAAGCCCAAGAAGUUCUGGCUUCCAUUUAUUUGUUGGAUCUGGUGGCAGCUCAGAUGUCUCCAGAAAGGGGAGCGAUGGGUCCUUUUCUUCAUCAUCAUCAGAAUCUGAAUCUGAAUCUGAUGAUGUGAAGGAAGUUAAUGUUGACAGCAUUUCUUCUAGGCUGCAUGACAGGAUACUUGAGCUAGAGGAUGAACUCUCUGAUGUGAAGGAGAAGCUCCAGAUACAAGAGGAAAAAUUCUCCAAUGGCCAAUGUGAACAUAUAUUGAACGGGAAUCAUUUGGGUUUUAGCUCAAAGAUCUCAGCAUUGGAGGAAGAGUUGAUAAUUGAGAAAGCAAAACUUCAGGAUUCAGAAGCAGAGAUUGUGAAUCUUCAAAAUAAGCUUGAGGAAAGGAAUGCAUUUAUAGAAACUAAGAACAUUCAGCUCAGUUUGGAAAAGAAGCAGGUUGCCGAAUUAGAGAAACAAAUUGCUGUGUUAGAAGCUGAGAUAUCGGCCCAUAAGAAUGAAAUCGAGGAUCUAAAGGGAGCAAUGGCAGCUUCCUCUCAGAUGUUUGAAGCUGAAUUAUCAGAUCGUGAUCUUGAAAUUGGGGAGUGCAAAACUGAGCUUAUCAAUUUGUCUGAAAGACUCUUGAAAGAGAAGUCCAGUCUUGAGGCUGAUGUUGAAAAUCUUGAAGGUGUCGUCAAGGGACUGAAUGCAGAAGUUGAUAAAAUUUCGGGAGAGAAGUUGCUGCUUGAAGCUCGUCUUGCAGAGCUAGAGAAUGUGAUUCAGGAAUUGGAAAUGAGGGCAGCUAGUUCUGCUGAGAAAUUCUUACAGGAGAAAUCUGUACUAGAAGCUGAAGCUGUCAACCUGUCACAAUCCAAUGCUUCCCUUGAGGUUAAACUCUUUAAGCUAGAGGUUGAUAUAAGACAGCUUGAGGCUGAGAAGAUGGAAGCAUCUAAGGAGAGUGGUGAGCACAUUGCUGAGCUAAAUCAAAGUCUAGAUGCUCUCAACCUACAACUUGAGAUACUAACAUCUGAGAAGGAGACUCUUCAUGCUAAAGUGAACACCCUCAUUGAUGAUGUGAAGUGCCGUGAUGAUCAAAUUAGCCAGAUGGAUGAGCAUUUAUGUCAGUUACACUUGGAGCAUGCUGAGCUGAUAAUAGGGAUUACGGAGGCGCAAAAAGCUGCUGCGGAGUUAAGCAAGCGGGUGAGGGAGCUGGAAGAGGAGGUGCACAGGCAGAAGGUUGAGAUUUCUGAUGGUGCUGAGGGGAAGAGGGAGGCUAUAAGGCAACUGUGCUUCUCGCUGGAACAUUACCGUGAUGGCUAUCAUCAGCUCAGGCAGUUGCUGCAGGGCCACAAGCGUCCUGUGGUGAUGGCAACUUGAGCUUCUUAUGAGGGUAAUUGUCCUGUAUAUUUCAGGCUUUUUGUUUCCCUACUUUUCUUUCUUCUAUCCGGUUAUAGCUCUCUAGGGCUAUUAUAAAGUUUUUAUUAUGGAUGUAAAAUGACUAUGCUAUACUUUAUUAUAUGAUUACCCUCGGUAGUUCAUGAUUAAUUUUAGUCGUUUUGCCUGUGA